UUGUUCCACUAGAGGCGACAGUCUGUUUUAUUAGACUGGGGAAGAAAGUGAUGUGGCAAAAAAAUGUACUUUUUCCAGGCUGUUAACUGUCUGGGAGAUAACCUUUUUCAUUGUUUCUCUUGUGGUGGCCUUUACAGUCUCCUCUUAAGGUAUGGGGAGAAAAAUUGACUAGUAGUGUUAUGGUGCAAGUCAACAUCUCUUACUUCCUCCCUCCACCAAUACCAUAUUACUCAGAUAAUUAUGCCAAGGUAACAGACAAAAUUGAUGAGUGUCUGGACAGAAAAAUUGAAAUUAUACCAGUGCUACCUCUUUCUGGUUGUUUGGGGUCGUUUGGUUGCCCUUAAUAUAUUUAGGUGUUUUAAAUACCACAAGAGUGUCCUGCGUUUAUUUUAUCUAGAAUAUGGGUUCAUAGUCUAUCAGUCAAGAAGCGCUAUAAAGCCUCGUGCCCAAUUUUCUUUUCUUUUAUGGCGAACAAUAGACUAACCUCAGAGAACUGAGAGGAGAGCAGUAUUCAGACUUAAGUGACAGGUUUCAAACUUUUAAAAUUGCCCAUUUUGAACUUAAAAUCUAUUAGAUUAGAAGAGUUUUAAGAAAGCUUUUUCCCCCAGUUGUAUUUGCCUUAUUUUAAGUUUUUUUAUAUUUUAUUAAAAUUUAUUUUAGUACUUUUUUUUUCUUCCUUACCACAGUGAAGACCAGCAGAGACAAACUAGAAGAUGCUUGGUCUCUAAGAUUUGACAAUAGACAAGAGUUUAGACAGUUGUUUGUCCACCUUUGGCAUCAUGUUUUCUUACCAAUUAGUCAGAUGUAAGUUGGAGGGAUAAAAGUGGUGUUUUUUAACGUUUCUUUAGAAGCACCUAGAGUAAAGCCUCUGUUUGGAUAUCAUGAGAAGGUACUGGGUUUGAGUUUGCAAAUGACGUUAUAAUCUUUGAAGAAGCUUUUUAUAGCCUGGGAAUUUAUUUCAACUUAAAGUUUAAGGUCUUUGUAAUCGUAUUUAGUUUAAUUGUUCAAAUAGGAGAGAAACAUUUUCAACUGUAGAAUUUGUGCUGGAAAAUAUAAAUGGCAGUAAUAUCAAGUACUACUGUCAGUGGUGUUUAGACCCAAAGAAAAGAUAGAUGUUAGAAUUGUUAUGAUAUUUCAGAUCACAAUAACAUUAAUGAAAGCAUGACAUGAGUACUAAGAGGUAACAACCAUUGUUGCAUAUUUUUCCAAUUACUUGAGAACCAUUGUUGCCAUCAUCACAUUCUGUGUUGGGUAUGACAUGGUCAUCUGGAACCAAUAGCAGCCCAGAAUGCCCAAGCGUGGAGCUACGCUAUCUGAGAAGUCUGCUGUGUGUUGAAGCCACAUUCAAUAUGGACCCGAAGGCUUUAGGGAAACUGGUGGAAUCCAUCAGUAAAACCGUCAAGAGCUUCAAGAAAAGUGAAGUCGAGAGCCUCGUAAUACUUUUUCACGGCUUGGUGGAAAAACCUGAUGAGAGGCUUGAUAACGCUAGACUAGAUCGGAGCACAUUUCGAAUGGUCCUGCACGGCUUGUUUGGAAUGACUGAUGAUAAGCUAAUGAAUAGGGUAUUUUUUGCAUUUGACAAAGACAGUGAUAACUGCAUAAGUGUAAAUGAGUGGGUUAAAGGAUUAUCGGUGUUUCUUCGAGGGACUUUGGAAGAAAAGCUGAAGUUCUGUUUUGAAGUUUAUUAUUUGAAUGGUGAUGAUGGUUACAUUUCUCGAGAGGAAAUAUUUGACAUGUUGAAGAACAGUCUACACCAGGAGUUAUCUGAGGAAGAGACUGAUGAAGGAAUAAGAGAAUUGGUAGAGAUAACACUGAAGAAAAUGGAUUAUGACAACGAUGGCAAGAUAUCUUUCGCCGACUUUGAAAAAGCAGUGAAAGAAGAUAGACUUUUGUUGGAGGUGUUUGGACAAUGUUUACCAGAAGAAAAGACUUGUCUUGAUUUUGAAACCCUGGCAUUCAAACACAUCCUGAAUUCUGUCUAGUUUUUUAAAGUGAAUCACUCAAUACUUGUAUUAAAAUAAAAAAACAGAUUUUGGAUGCCUAUCUUUAUUUCUUUCAACUAAUUCACAUAUAGUUAUUGCACUAUGAGAGGUAAUAUUUUAAGAAUCAUUUCUGUAAUAGUAAGUAUGGAUCAAAACAGCACUUAUAAUAGGUAAUGAUAAGCUAAUUUAUUUAAGUUAGUCAACAACCUUGUAUCUUGUAGCAUCAAGUCAGGCAUUCUCAACCCUCUUUUCUCUUGCUUCCUCAAACAUAGAAGUUGGAAACCUAAAACAUUCACUAUUCCAGACUCCUCAGAAACAGUCAUGGGCCCAGUUCUAGCCAAUAAGAUAUAAUUAAAGUCAGUAGAUGGUAUUUCUAGAAAAGUUUUUAUUAAAGGAAACGGUUGGCUGGCAAGUAUUUUGUCCACAAUAAACUAAUUUUAAAAGAUGAGACUAAAUUAAACAAGAAGCUUGAACGAAAUUACAAAGAAGAGUGCAUUAAAAA